AUGUUGCCGCCGACGAACGCUACAGAUGUGGAAGCAGACAGUGCGGUCACUUUCUCUCCUCCGCCAAACCGCACCCACCUCCUCUCACAAGGCCUCGCGCAAGACCGCGACUCACCGCAACGACGACGCCGCCACCAUACCAUCACAACACCAUACACAAGAUCCACAACAUCAGCAGGUCCUCUCUCACGACGCCCAGCAUCGCAAGUCGCAGCGCCAGUAACCACAUCACAGCAAAUAGCGGUUACACCCACCAACUCUUCGGCAGCGCCCUCAAGCUUACCAAUCUUCGUACCGGGGGCACCAGAGCCGAUACAACAAAGGAGGUCGUCUCGUAACGGUAAGCAUUGGGAUUUGCUUCCAGCGAGGGCACAUCACAAGGACGAUGAUGUGACGCACUAUAGUGCGCUGGGUUCGAGGUCUACGUGGGAAGAUGCACAUGCGAAGAGAUUGUUGGCUGCGGAAAUGGAAGUAGGGAGGAUCGAUACAAAAUGGAAUGGGGGUGCUAUUAUUGAUUACUCGGCGAAAGAUAGGGAGAGGGAGGAGCGGGCGAGGAGAGUCGAGUAG